GUCAAAGUCAAGUCAGGAAUCUUUUCUUGAACUGUCAAACUUUUGAAAACAAUCAAUGAAGGUCACCUUCAGCCUGUGCCGCUGAAAUACAUAAAAUCUUCAGAAAACAAUGUGCUGCGGUAAAACUAGUCGGUAUAUUGUACUGUAAAUUAUUCAAGUGUGUGCCGUUGACGAGUAUACAUUCAAAAACUUACAGAGCCGAUGUUUAAAAGUUUGAAAACCGUCACUUGAAAAGUUUGUAGACAGAUGGCGAUCGAGCGUCGCGCGGGCUCGCCCCGGGCGGGGUCGCCGCGCGCGGGGUCGCCCCGGCCCGGGUCGCCGCGCGCGGGGUCGCCGGCCCGUGGGGGGUCGCCGGCGCGCGGGGGCGGGGACGGGGGCGGCGCGGGGGACGCGUGGAUCGAGCCCGCGCCGCUGCCCGCCAUACACAUCAUCACACUCAACCAUGCUGAGCAUCUCGACUCUACGAUCUACAGGUUCGAGAAGGGCGAGGCGCUGCAGUUCGCGCCGGGCCCGAGCCUGCUGGGCCGCAAGGUCUUCCUCUACACCAACUAUGUCGUCACCGAUGACCCGGAGGAGGGGUCGGCGGAGUUCGUGCGCAACCAGUACUACCUGCUGCCGUGGUGGCGCGACCCCGACGUGAUCCCGGCGGCGGGGGACGAGGCGGGGGGCGCGGGGGACGCGUGGGGGGACGACGCGGGGGGCGCGGGGGCCGAGCUGCUGGGCUCGGGGCUCGUGGUGUCGGACACCGACAUGUACUGCGAGCUGCAGCUGCGCCGCGCCGGCGUCUUCCACUUCUACUUCGUCUACGAGUCCACCGCCACGGGGCUGGGCCCGGCGGGGUCGGGGUUCUUCCACGUGGCGCCGACGCUGGCGCCGGGCGGGGCGCCGCUGCCGCUGGCGGGGCUGGCGGUGCAGACCGUGCUCAGCAAGUGCCUCGGCCCGCUCGAGCGCUGGGACCAGGCGCUCGCCGUCUCGCGCGACGCCGGCUACAAUGCGGUGCACUUCACGCCGGUGCAGGAGCGCGGCGGCUCGGACUCGGGCUACAGCCUGGCGGAGCAGCGGCGGCUCGACCCGCAGUUCCGCGCCGACCCCGCCGACCUCGCCGCGCUGCUGCAGCGCAUGCGCAGCGAGUGGCACAUGGUGUCGAUCUGCGACGUGGUGCUGAACCACACGGCGAACGAGAGCUCGUGGCUGUGGGAGCACCCCGAGGCGGCGUACUCGUGCUUGACCACGCCGCGCCUGCGCCCCGCGGCGCUGCUGGACGCGGCGCUGGCGCGGCUCGGGGCCGCCGUGGCCGCCGGCCACCACGCGCCCGCGCUGCCCCCGGCCAUCAGCCAGGAGAGCCAUCUCGAGGCGCUGCGGCACGUGCUGUCGUCGGCGGUGCUGCCGGAGCUGCGGCUGCACGAGCUGUUCUGCUGCGACGCGGACGCGCUGCUGCAGGCCUUCACGGCGCAGGCGCGGCGCCGCGUGCCGCCCGCGGGGGGCGCGGGGGGCGCUGCGGGGGGCACGGGGGGAGACGCGGGGGCCGAGCUGCGCCUCGUGCAGGACCCGCAGUACCGCCGGCUCAAGUCCACCGUCGACAUGGACCUGGCGCUGCAGCUCUACAACGUUUAUUGGGCGGAGUGCUACGACGAGGAGGCGCGCGUGCGGCGCUGCGCGGAGUCGCUGCGGGCGCGGCUGCAGGCGCUCAACCAGGCCGCCGCCGCGCAGCUCGAGGCGCACCUCGCCGCUGCGAUAAACAACAUCGUCGCCGGCGUACGAUACCAUUACAUCCAAGCAGACGGGCCUAAACUUGGAGAAGUCAGCGAGAAAAAUCCUCUUGUACCAAAAUACUUCACGUGGCCGGCGGGGUCGCUGGCGUCGGGCGCGGCGGCGGAGGCGGCGGUGUGGGGCGCGGCGGCGGGCCGCGUGUGCGCGCACAACGGCUGGGUCAUGGACAUCGACCCCCUGCUGGACUUCGCCGCCGACACGCAGGUGUACCUGCGCCGCGAGCUCAUCGCCUGGGCCGACAGCGUCAAGCUCCGCUACGGGUCCCGGCCGGAGGACAGCCCGUACCUGUGGGCGCACAUGCGCGAGUACGUGGAAACGACGGCCGAGCUGUUCGACGGCGUGCGCCUCGACAACUGCCACUCCACGCCGCUGCACGUGGCGGAGUACAUGAUGGACUGCGCGCGCGCCGUGAACCCCGAGCUGCUGGUGGCGGCCGAGCUGUUCACCAGCAGCGAGCUCACCGACGCGCUGUUCGUCAACCGCCUCGGCCUCACCAUGCUCAUCCGAGAGGCGCAGUCGGCGUGGGACGCGACGGAGCUGGGCCGGCAGCUGCACCGCUGGGGCGGGCCGGCCGUGGGCUCGUUCACGCCGCGCCGCCGCCGCCCCGCGCGCCCCGCGCCCGCCCCCGCGCUGCUGCUGGACCUCACGCACGACAACCCGCCGCCCGCCGCGCGCCGCUGCGUGCUGGACGCGCUGCCCGCCGCCGCGCUGUGCGCCGCCGCCGCCGCCGCCGCCGGCUCCACGCGCGGCUACGACCAGCUGCUGCCUUACCAGGUGGACGUGGUGUCGGAGCGGCGGCUGUACCCGCUGGCGGAGCAGGCCCCGGCGGGGAUGACGGCGGCGCGGCGCGCGCUGAACCAGCUGCACCAGCAGCUCGCGCGCGACGGCUACUGCGAGAGCUACGUGGACCAGCUGGACCACGACGUGCUGGCUGUGACCCGCCACGACCCGCGCAGCCGCCGCAGCGUCAUCGUGGUGGCCUACACCGCCUUCAGCCCGCCCGCGCCCGGCGCGCGCCGCCGCCCGCCCGCCCUGCGCGUGCCGGGCCGCCUGCUGGACGUGCUGCUGGAGGCCGAGCUGCGCGACGGCGCGUCCGCCCCCGCGCCCCCCGCCGCCGCCGAGCUGCUGCUGGCGCCCGUCACGCACGAGCUGUGGAUGCAGCAGCACGUGCCGCUGGCCGCCAGCGCCAUGGUGGAGGCGGCGGCGGUGGAGGGCGACGACACGCUGGUGACGUUCCGCGAGCUGCGGCCCGGCAGCGUGCUGGUGCUGCGCGUGGCGCCGCCCGCUGCCGCCGCCGCCGCGCUGCGCGAGCUGGCCGCGCCCGCGCUGCUGCAGCCCUUCCGCGACGCGCUGCGGCCGCUCAGCCUCGUGGACCUCAACGCGCUGCUGUACCGCUGCGAGGCGGAGGAGCGCGCGGCGGGCGGCGGCGCCUACCACGUGCCGGGCCACGGCGCGCUGGUGUACGCGGGGCUGGCGGGCGCGGGCGCGCUGCUGGCGGACGCGGCGGCGCGGCAGGACCUGGCGCACCCGCUGGCGCAGCACCUGCGCGCCGGCGACUGGCUGGCCGAGCACCUGGCGAGCCGCCUGGUGCGCGAGCCGGCGCUGCGGGCGGCGGGGGGCGCGCUGGGCGCCGCGCUGGCGCCGCUGGGCCGCCUGCCGCGCUACCUGGUGCCGUGCUACUUCGAGCGCGUGGCGGGCGCGGCGGCGCGGCUGGCGGCGCGCGCGGCGCUGGCCCGCAUGUCCCGCUGGGUGCGCGGCGGCUGCUCGCUCACGCGCGCGCUGGCGCUGACCUCGGUGCAGCUGGUGGGCGCGGUGCCCGGGGCGGACCUGCCGCCCGCCUCGCCCGCGCUGCCGCCGCCGCGCCCGCCCGUGCCGGCGCCCACGCUGUCGGCGGGCCUGCCGCACUUCGCGGUGGGCUACAUGCGCUGCUGGGGCCGCGACACGUUCAUCGCGCUGCCGGGGCUGCUGCUGCUGCCGGGGCGGCACGCGGAGGCGCGCUGGCUGCUGCUGGGCUUCGCGGCGGCGGCGCGGCACGGGCUGCUGCCCAACCUGCUCAACGGCGGGGCCGGCGCGCGCUACAACUGCCGCGACGCCGCGUGGUGGUGGCUGCGCGCGCUGCAGCUCUACUGCGACCACGUGCCCGACGGAUACCAGAUACUCAAUGAGCCGGUGUCGCGGCUGUUCCCGACGGACGAGUCCCCCCCCGCGCCCCCCGGCGCCGCCGACCAGCCGCUGCAGGACGUGGCGCAGGAGAUCCUCAACAGGCACUUCCAGGGCGUGGUGUUCCGCGAGCGCGACGCGGGGCGCGGCAUCGACGCGCACAUGACGGAGCGCGGGUUCACCGUGGCGCUGGGCGUGCACCCCGAGACCGGCUUCCCCUUCGGCGGCAACGACGCCAACGCGGGCACCUGGAUGGACAAGAUGGGCUCGUCGGAGGCGGCGGGCACGCGCGGGCGCCCCGCCACGCCGCGCGACGGCAGCGCCGUGGAGCUGGUGGCGCUGGCGCACGCCGCGGCGCGCUGGCUGCAGCGGGCGCACGCCGCCGGGCGCUACCGGCACGCCGGCGUGGCGCGCCCGCCGCCCGCCGCCGCCGCCUGGACCUGGGCGCAGUGGGCCGAGCGCAUCGAGCGACACUUCGAGCGCAGCUUCUGGGUGGGCGCGGAGAGCGGCGCGGGCGAGGCGCGGCCCGACCUCGUGCACCGCCGCCUCAUGUACAAGGACUCGGUGGGCGCGUCGCAGCCGUGGGCCGACUACCAGCUGCGCUGCAACUACGUGGUGGCCAUGGCCGUGUCGCCGGCGCUGUUCCACGCGGCGCACGCGCGGGCCGCGCUGGACACGGCGCGCCGCCUGCUGCUGGGCCCGCUCGGGCUCAAGACGCUCGACCCCGACGACUGGGCCUACGCCGGCGACUACGACAACGACAACAACUCCACCGACCCCAAGGUGGCGCACGGCUUCAACUACCACCAGGGCCCGGAGUGGGGCUGGGUGCUGGGCUGCUACCUACGCGCGCGGCUGGCACUGGGCGGCGCGGGGGCGGCGGGGGGCGGGGCGGCGCGCGUGGAGGUGCGGGCGGCGCUGGGCGGUGCGUGGGCAGCGCUGCAGGCGUCCCCGUGGCGCGGCGUGCCCGAGCUCACGCAGGCGGGCGGCCGGCCGUGUCCCCACGCCUGCCCCACACAAGCCUGGAGCUCCGCUACGCUGCUCGAGACGCUAUACGACCUGCGCGAGGCGGAGCGGUCGCGGGCGCUGCCGGCCAGCGACUGACGCGCGGCGCGAGUGUGGCACGGCGCGCCCCGCCCCCCCCGCGCGCCCCGCGCCCCGCGCCCCGCCAGCCUGUACGCCGAGCCCUACGAGCCCGCGCCGCGCCGCCGCCGCCUGCUGGCCGCGCUGCGCCGCGCCCGCGCCCCCCGCGCCC